AUGAAAAAGAGUACAGUAGGAAAGGACUUCCUUAUUGAGCAGGUUUGGCUAUGGAGCAGCGCAGUUUUUAUGUGUGUUUACAGCAUGCUAGUUGUAAAGGCAAUAACUGGUCUGGGCAUUAACAAAAGGGUACUUCACAUUGUAUCAUGCUUAUCUCUUAUAGUUACGUACAGCUCCUGCAUAUUCUUUAAGAGUUCUGCAAUAAACAUCCAGAAGCUAUUGAGAGAUGGCAAUUUUAGAUGCUUAUUAGUCGCAUGCUCACUUCUUAGUGUGCGAAGCAUGGUUAUUCCUAUGCUGCCGUUUUUACUAAUGACCACCCUCUCUGUAGCAGGAUAUGUCAUUAAGAACAAAAACAAAUUUGAAAAGACUCAGAUCAUAGGAGUAGCACAAAAUCUCAUUUGCCAGAAAGACAGAGUAAACCUGUUGGCUCUGAAGAUUGAAGCCCUCUCUCUUCCAUUAAUAUUAGUACAUUUAAUAUUUGGAACAGCAGAUUUAUUUGUAUUUGUUAGUUAUGCUAGUAUGGUGUGGUAUGAGUACACUACUAAUCCGCGAAUGAAAAGCGCAGUGUAUGAAAUAAUUGAAGUAGUAGAUAGAUUAGUUGGAUCAUCAAAUGUACCAAACUCUGUUAGGGAUAGAUAUAUAUCUCUAAAGAACUAUGUUAAGACAAGAAUACCAGUAAAUGAGGGUGCACAUGGUUCUGUUCAUGCGAAACCAUCACAUAUACAUGGUAAUUAGCAAAA